CUGAAACAGUCCCGUUGCAGUUAGUGAAGAAAUUUGAAAGUCAAAAAAAUCUAAAUAGUGUUUAACUUUAUUGUGUUUGUAGUCGGUACUAAUUACGACAUCGAGUGAUUUUUGAACCGUAACUAAAAUUUGAAAAUUAUUUUUAAAUGGCGCAAAGAAUUGAAAAAUUAUUUGAUACAAUCGAAUAAAUGAAAUUUUUAAAAAAUCCUACAAAUAAUGGAGUUCAUAAAACCAGACUUCAUGCCCAAUGAUUCGACUGAUACUCAGGAAUUAACUUACUUCGACAUCCCGUGCCAUGAAGAAGUGGUUCAAGAUGUCUUCCACCCAAGCUAUUUGCCGAUGUUCUACGACUACCGCCAGCUGGAAAGGCACAUGUUUGACGGUCCCAGCGAUGGGAAUCAGUGGGAUUGGGCUGAGUGGAACGAGCGGCAAGUUUUGGUAAAGGUGGAGACGGAUUUUGACGCUGGAGGUGCGUCUUCCAGCUUCAGUGAGGAAGAAGUUCGCUCGCCUGGCAGCAGCCGCAAGGAAAGAACAGCGUUCAGCAAAGCUCAAAUACGAAGUCUAGAGGAGGAGUUUGCGAGAGCCAACUACCUGACCAGGCUGCGGCGGUAUGAGAUCGCUGUCGCCCUAAAUCUUACCGAACGACAGGUGAAAGUGUGGUUCCAGAACAGGCGUAUGAAGUGGAAACGCACCAAGGGAGCCGUGAAGUACAGCAAGAAGAAAGAGACCGAGUCUGAUACCGCCCAAGCAACGUGUAUGCCAGCCAUGACGCAUUGAGAUAAUUUCGUCUAAUGGAUAAAGUAUUACUGUCUUAAUAAUAUUAAUCG